UUUCCGCAAGCUGUGAAAUCGGCAGGGUUCGUUCAAGAAUCGGAAGCUGAUUUCCCAGUUUGGCAAAUAAGGGCUAGGAAUCAACUUCGGAGCCUUGGAAAUCAAGAUCCCCGAGCUGAACUUUGGCAAGGCAAUGCACUGAUUUCCAGCACCAUGGCGAUGGAUGUAACUUUUCUGGGUACAGGCGCAGCCUAUCCAUCCCCGCAUCGGGGGGCCUCGGCGACAGUGGUCCGCUUUGAAGGAGAGUGCUGGCUGUUUGACUGCGGCGAGGGAACCCAGACUCAGUUCAUGAAAAGUCACCUGAAAGCAGGUAGAAUAACCAAGAUCUUCAUCACUCACCUUCAUGGAGACCACUUCUUUGGCCUUCCUGGGCUUCUCUGUACUAUCAGUCUCCAGAGUAGUUCCACCACAAACAAGCAACCGGUUGAUAUUUAUGGACCGCUUGGAUUAAGGAGCUUCCUCCGGAGAAUUAUGACCCUGUCCCAUUCGCAACUUCUCUUCCCAUAUGUCGUUCAUGAAUUGGUGCCCACGCGAGAUCAGUGCCCCGCGGAAGAACUCAAAGAGGUGUCUUUUGUGGACAGAGACAACGCCACACCGGAAGAAACACGAGGAAACACAAUUUGUUUGGAUCCUGUAGAAGACUCGUACAUGUUGGUGGACAAUGAACUGUUCACCAUGAAGGCUUUUCGGCUGUUUCACCGAAUCCCUUCCUUUGGUUUCGUCAUGGAGGAGAAGCCGCGGCCUGGCAGACUCAACGUACAGAAGCUGAAGGAACUAGGAGUUCAGCCAGGCCCCUUAUAUGGUAAACUGAAAGAUGGCGUUACCGUCGUCCUGGAAAAUGGGGCAACUAUUUCUCCCUCGGAUGUCUUAGAAGACCCUUUUCCAGGCAGAAAAGUUUGCAUUUUAGGAGAUUGUUCCAGUAUCGUUGGAGACAGAGCAGUGAGUCUUUGUUACGAAGCGGAUCUCUUGGUUCACGAAGCCACGCUGGACGACACCCAGGCGGACAAAGCCAAGGAGCAUGGCCACAGCACUCCCAAAACGGCAGCUGAGUUUGCAAAGCUGUGUAAAGUGAAGAAACUGGUUCUGUCUCACUUCAGCCAGAGGUAUAAGCCAGCCAGUCAGGUUGGCGAAGGUGAUAUGGAUGUCACGGAACUGCGGAGACAAGCAGAGCGGGUGUUGGUUGGGCAAGAAGUAGUAUUAGCAGAGGAUUUCAUGACAAUUGGUAUUCCAAUGAAAAAUAAACAUGGUGCUACAUGAUUACAGAAAGGAGAAAUUUAUUUGCUGACAAACUGAUUCUUUAGCCAUAGCAUACUUUUCUUGAGGUCCAAUUGGAGGGGGCAAACGGACCCCCACGGGACAUUUUUUUUUUCAUAAUGGAAUUUGAACAGUCAACUUCUUUGAGAGCUCUUGUAGAUGCAUUUUGCCUGCAAAUUUGCUUUAUGCAAGAAGUACAGAAUAAUACA